AAAGCAGAACCAGCACCCGAACCAAUUCCUGCACCAUCAGCAGCACGAAAACUUGAAGAUAAUACGAUCGAAGAUGUUGAUGAAGACAAAAUCGAUGAAAUUCUUCAUGAUGCAACCAAAAAUCUCGUCAUAUUCUUCUAUGAUGGUCGUACAAAAUGUCCUGGAUGUUCUGAAGCAUUAGCUGAAGUUGAAGAAAUUGAUGACGACAUUGAAGCUACAGGAUAUAUUGAGGUCGGGAAAUAGAUGACAGACUUUGUUCAGGUAGUUAAAACAGAUGAUAGGAGUGUAGCUCGAGAACUGGGUGUUACGACAUUUCCGUCUUUAGUGUAUUUCCGGCGAAAGAAUCCAAUCACUUAUGACGGUAGGCAUUACUGA